ACACUCUCAGAGGUCUUGCUUCAAGCUGUCUCUGCGGGUCUCUCUCACACACUCCCGCUGGAAUCAGACAAUUACUGGCAUUAAUUUAACAGCAAGAUUGAGGAAGCCGAGGGCAUUCAUUUGGAGCGAGGGGAACGGGUGGGAGCCAAACAGGGGCAGCAAGAAGUGGAAUAAGACGAGAGACAGAGUGACAGGGAGAGGAAGAGCAACGGGAGGGGAGGGGGGGGGAGGUUUUAGUGCAAAAUAAGCUGCCCCCUCUUCUCCCACAUCUCAGUCAGUCUGUGAGCACUGGAGCGCAGCGUGAGCUCUGGAGUGCUUUCCCGACAUGUACACCUGUAAAGCCCAUUCAUUCAUUCAGGGACGCAGCAUUCAUGUAUGAAUGGCAGCGACAGCGUUGACACGUUAACGGCAGCAAAGAGAAAUCAGCCCCGAUGAGAUCAUUCGAGCUCGGAGGCAGAGGCAGCGGAGGAGAAGGCGACACGCAGGGAAGUGGAUGCUGAGCUCCAGUCUACAGUUCAGGGGCUGGCACUGAGGACGCGACCCUAUCCGAGGAUUGGAUAGCACCCACCACCGGUUGCUGUGAACGAAAUCCGCUAGUUGUCACCCCAACUCUGCUGCUCAUAUGUGCACCAAACACGCUGUCCUACCCCAGGAAGAAUUGAUGGAUCCCUCCGUUCAUCACAGCUGACACAUCAAGGCCUGGCAACAUUAUCAGCCCCUUCAUCAUUAACAGGAUUAAUCUCUAUGGCAAAGGUGGAUCAUCACUCAUUUCUGGAUAAUCAACUUGACUGAAACACUGAUACACACACUUUCCUUUUCUCCAGGCCUCUUUGUACAGAGCCUCCAGUAUCAGUUCUUGAAGCAACCAUGUGUGUUGGCUAUAAACAUAGGUAGGGACAUGACUCAGGUCUGACCCUGGAGAUGCCGAAAAGACGAGACAUCGUUGCCAUUGUGUUGAUUGUGUUGCCUUGGACACUGCUCAUCACUGUCUGGCACCAGAGCACCAUCACUCCUCUGCUCGCUACUCGAAAGGAUGACAGACGUGAUGGUCGCUCCAACUCCAGAAACACUUUUGCUUUCAAGGAGUCCUGCUCACUUCAGAACCGAGACAUCGUGGAGGUGGUGCGCACUGAGUAUGUCUACAGCCGGCCUCCGCCCUGGUCUGACAUCCUGCCCACUAUCCACGUCAUCACUCCCACCUACAGCCGGCCGGUGCAGAAGGCAGAGCUGACGCGUCUGGCCAACACCUUGCUGCACGUGGCCAACCUGCACUGGAUCCUGGUGGAGGACUCCCAGAGGAGGACCACUCUGGUCAGCCGCCUCCUCCUGGAGACGGGACUCAACUACACUCACCUCAAUGUGGAGACACCUAGGAACUAUAAGGUACGGGGGGACACUAGGGACCCCCGAAUACCUCGGGGUACUAUACAGCGGAACCUGGCCCUGAGGUGGCUUCGGGAGACCUUCAGUGUAAACAGCAGUCAGCCUGGGAUUGUCUACUUUGCAGAUGAUGACAACACGUAUAGUCUGGAGCUGUUUGAGGAGAUGCGUUCCACCAAAAAGGUGUCAGUGUGGCCCGUGGCCUUUGUGGGUGGCCUACGGUACGAGUCUCCUAAAGUAAACACCUUGGGCAAGGUGUACGGCUGGAAGACUGUAUUCGACCCACACCGGCCCUUUGCCAUCGACAUGGCUGGGUUUGCAGUGAACCUACGCCUCAUUCUGUCUAAACCUCAGGCUUAUUUCAAGUUGCGUGGGGUGAAGGGAGGUUACCAGGAGAGCAGUUUAUUAAAGGAGCUGGUCACUCUCAGUGACUUGGAGCCUAAAGCUGCUAACUGCACUAAGGUAUUAGUAUGGCACACACGGACUGAGAAGCCUGUGCUAGUAAAUGAGGGCAAGAAAGGAUUUACAGACUCUAAUGUUGAGAUAUGACAUACUUCAUCUGACACAGGGGAGGCAGUUCUCCAUGGGAUUCUAUCUGGAUUCAAACCAACCUCAGAGCUCCUUGAAGCAAUAGCCACGGUCAAAAACAUUUACACAGCACAGUAGCUGUACUUCAACACAGCUUAGAAAUGGAGGCACACCUGUCCACAUCGAGAGGCAGCACAGGCCAUGUGCGUGAACCGACCAGAGUAUCAAAGCACAACUGCACAAAAACAAACAGGCCUGUUCUGCUCGGAGCACAGGCUGAUGCGAGACGCUGGUAGGAUUCGCCAAAAGGAGUUUGUCCACUGAGGUCUCCAAGGGGAGUUGAGACAAAGGAUGUUACACGAUUUAAACUGCAGGAAGAGAUGGCACGGCAAGCAAUAAAGAGCCCUCUGAGCGCAGACAACACCAGCCAACCAUCCAAUUAGCAUUAAAUUGGGCCCUUUUGUUCUGAAGCGAGCUGGCUGUCCGGCACAGGGCUGCACAGAGGAAUAAAAGGGGUCCUUGUCUGAAGUGAGUCAGCACUGACUGACAGACUGCACUGAGGGGAUCUGAGCCCUCCCCACUUGUACUGUACAACACUGAGCUAUUUAGAUAGCACCCUGAACCCAGCACUAAUUAGGAGUCCUGUUACUCCUCAACACACAUUCACACAUGCUCAGCUGUCACACUGCGCAUGAGGAGCACACAGACACACAUGCACUCAAAAACAGAGCAAUGAUUUAUUACAGUGUAACAGCAAUGUCCUCUCUCAGAGUCAUAUGCUCUAAGCUCUUGUUUAUUCCUGAUAUGCUGUAACAAUACUGAGGUAUACUCAUAUUUAAGAGAAGAUUCAGUAUUCCCAGGGGCUUGUCCACUUCACAGGCUUCUUCAUAAGCUAAUUAAGAUCCCAUCGAGUAAACUGACGGUUUCUCAGCAGAAUUAUUUAUUGUUUCAGACUAACUGGUACCAUUCACUUGUUAGUUGUAAGCUUUGCUUGUGAGAGUCAAUGGGAUAUGAGGCCAUUACUCUCAAAAUUGGAUGUGCAUCCUUUCAAAUGGCUGUAUUACACAAUCUAAUUAUUCCCACCAUGGAUGGCUGGCUUGCAAGUGGUGAUUUCAUACCCCAUUGACCUGCAGUGGCACUGCUUACAAAUGCUAAUGUUUCUCAGACUCUGUGACUAUUCAAAGUUUGGUCUGUUAUCAGUGUGACAGGCAUCUGAAGCCUUCAAGAUAAGUGUCUGAUGUUGAUACAAUGCGGCUUGUGUUUCCUUUGAAUCACCCCUGCCUCCGCUCAGAUUGUCCCAUAAGCCUGUUUUUUGUUCUGUUGUACAGGCUAAGAUGUGUCCAUUUAAGUAACAGCAUUCUGCAGAUGAUUCUCACAAGCAAUACAAACCUAACAACAAUUUGAAAUAUAACUGCCACAAACAGAAAUGAUUACUCUUUAACUGAGACUCCAUGGGUAAGAGGACAUAUUUGGUAAUUCUGUUCUAUGUGUAAAGAAUCACUGUAACUAAAGGUACUGUAUGUACAUAGCUAUAAACUGCUCCCAUACAAA